ACAAAAAAUGUUAACCAUAAGAUCUGAAAAUAAGAAAAUCCCCAAAAAUUAUAUUUCUCCGCACAAACCCUCCUUCGUGAACCUGUUCAGUAACAUGACCAACAUCAAGGACUUCUAUCUCUCAGACUUCAAGAGCAAGAAGCAUUCACCAGUACUUAGUUCAGGAGACACAAAAGACACGCCAAACAAGCAGUACAAUAAGAACAAACAGAGUACAUCUGUUAAAAAGUACACACAAAGCCAGAUAGAUAACACUGGAGACAAGCUGUACAACGAAGACCAAAAGUACACCGAAGCCAAUAUGUACAUGGCACCGAAGCUGAUUCAGCCGGAUGUGCAAUACAUUUCACCAAAGGAGUACAGUACAAAAAAGGAGCACAUUGCACCAAAGGAGUACAGUGUACCAGAGCAGUACAGUGCACCAAAGGAGUACAGCACACCAAAGUACAACACAGACAAAACGGCGGACGAUUUUAUCCAAGGCUCUUAUACAACAAGCCGGCCAUGGGCCUUCUUUUCUCGUGGGGAUUCAUGGAUUCCCCCGUUUACCCUUCCAUUCCCAAUAGAACUAUUUCCAACAGAGAAGACCACCGAAAAGCAAGAUAGAGCAUAUAAACCACCCUCCUACCAUCCCCCACCACCUUCCUAUCAUCCACCACCACCCUCAUACCACGCCCCAGCCCCAGUCUAUCACGCCCCUGCCCCCGCUCACCCACCCCCAUAUAAAGCUGUUUACGAAGUAGACUUCACUCCAAUAUUUCUAUCACUGCUUCCACUUUUCAUGGCACUCGGAGCACUUCUUGGACUAGCGUUUUCAGGAUUGUUAACCAGCUCUACUGCCACGAACUACGUCUACCUGACCAACACUACCUCUGGUGCCUCCACCAACUCCGUGACCGUGAACGUGAACUCCUCCUCAAAUGCUGCCACCACCUCCAACAACGCUGCCGCUAACACAACAACAACACCGCAGAUAUUUGUUUUCCCCUUCCCUAUACCAAUAACAGUAAACGCUGAUGGAACUAUAACUAUUGGAACAACAACAACAACACUAACAAAUAUAUUGGCGGCAUUGGCGGCUUUAAUUGGAUAGAAAUACUCUCUUAACCUUUGUAGGGACUGUAAGCGUAAUUUGAACUGACCCAUGCAAAGACUGCAAGGUACAAUUUAAAGCGGUAUCCUUGAAACCUUAAUCUGAAAAGUGUGGAAGAUUCUGUUAUUCUUCUUUGUGGAAUUUUUUUUAUUCUGAUAAUUUCUCCAUUUCUGCAAGGAAUACGUUGAAACCGAAAAUGAAAAUAAACAGUUUAAAGAAACAAAACACAUGGAUAUCUAAUCCAUAC